AUGCAAAACCCAAACAUAGUCCUGUACGCCCCUCACACGGCAAAACUGGAAGACAGACCCAUCCCCACCCUCUCCUCCCCCCACGAUGUCAUGAUACGGAUAAAUUACAUUGGCGUCUGCGGUAGCGAUGUCCACUUCUGGCACCACGCCUCGCUCGGCAACGCCAUCAACCCCCGCACGGGGAUAACCAUGGGCCACGAAGCCUCUGGCACGAUCCACUCGACGGGGUCGCUGGUAACGCGCGUGGCACCCGGGGACCGGGUAGCGCUGGAACCCGGGCGGCCGUGCCGGCUUUGCCACGCCUGCAAGUCCGGGGCGUACAACUUGUGCCGUAGGAUGCGGUUCGCGGCGUCGCCCGGACGCCCGGAUACGCAGGGGACGCUGUGCAAGCUGUACGUGUUGCCGGAGGAUCUGGUGUAUAGGAUUCCCGAGGAGCUGGGGCUGGAUGAGGCGGUGCUGGUGGAGCCGUUGGCCGUCGGGGUGCAUAGUGUUAGACUAGGAGAUGUGCGGGCUGGGGAGACGGUGGUGGUCAUGGGGGGCGGGACCGUGGGGUUGCUUUGUGCGGCUGUUGCGAGGCAGUUUGGGGCCUUGCGGGUUGUUGUUGUGGACGUGUUGGAGGGUAAGCUGGGGUUUGCGAGGGGGUAUUUGGGGUGUGACACUUUUCUUGCAAGGGGGGAGGAGAGCGCGGAGGAGGGGGCGGAGAGGUUGUUGAGGACGUUUGGGUUAGGGGUUGAGAGCGUGGAUACGGUUAUUGAGGCUUCGGGGGCGGCCAAGAGUAUUGAGAUGGGCAUUUUGGUGCUGAGGCCUGGGGGGAAGUUUGUACAGACGGGCUUGGGCAGGGCCAAGGUCGAGUUUCCGAUUGUGGCCAUGUCGCAGAAGGAGCUCAUGGUUAGGGGGUGUUUUCGGUAUGGGCCUGGUGAUUACGAUUUGGCGAUUCAGCUGUUGGAUAAGGGGCUAGUCGACGUAAAGCCCCUUAUCAGUUCGGUGACUCCGUUUGAGCAGGCGACGGAAGCGUGGGAGAAGACAUCGAGGGGCGAGGGAAUCAAGAACCUCAUCCAAGGCGUGGUUUAG